CAAUUUAUUCGAGAUAUGCUUUUAGCAGGUCUCCCGUCCUCGCCACCUGUGGUGGCCACCGUGCAUGGCAAAGUCCGGGGGAAGCACGUCCGCCUGGAAGGAUUGGCACAGCCUGUGUCUGUGUUCCUGGGAGUGCCCUUUGCCAAGCCCCCGCUCGGAUCCCUGAGGUUUGCUCCACCACAGCCUGCAGAGCCGUGGCACUUUGUGAAGAACACCACCUCCUACCCGCCCAUGUGCCUCCAAGACGCAGUAGGAGGACAGCUGCUCUCCGACCUCUUUACCAACAGAAAGGAGAACAUUACUAUCAAGUUGUCCGAAGACUGUCUUUACCUGAAUAUUUUCACUCCUGCUGACUUGAGGAAGAGCAGCAAGCUGCCGGUAAGCCGUGGGAACCCCUGGCCCAGACGUGCUGAUUCCACUACCACGGGGUCGUCGGGGUCUUCUGGUGCAGAUGGGUGAAGCACAGGCCAGGACUGCUCAGGGGACACAGGGCUCACACAGGAAACACAAGUUUCCACAUGUCAGUUCCCCUAGUGACAUGGAA